AGUAUAUUGAUCUAAGUAUUGCUAUAAUCUCUCACGGCAGGUUUUCAGAGGGCUCCGAUAAUGAAAUAUUCACAUAAAACGGUGGGCUAGCUUGAUCGUUCUGUUAUGCUCGAAGAUGAACAAUGUGAUGAUAAAAAGGCCACCGUUUUUUUUCGCAAAAGAAUACAUAUGGAUAAAACUGCAUGGUGAAUUAUUAUAAAAGGAAGUUCUGAAGACGUGUUUAACUUAAAGCCGGAAUAUUUAAUAUAGAUAUUUAACAUAUUAAACAACGCUCAUAUUGGUUUAUUUCUAGUUUGACUAUAUAAGGCUCGACUCCAUAUUUCAAUUCAGUCAAUACCUAGUGCCAGGUAUUUGUGAUAAUACCUCAUCAAUCCAUCUUCUAAUGUGAACAAAUACUUAUUUUAUACUCGACGAUUUCUCGACCAAAAAAAAUGGAGUUUAAAAUGGUGACCCUUGACCUACUUCCGCCGUAGAGCUACUGGCCAUUGACCACUGACCAGCAAUGUCCGAAACAAAAACAAAAGGAGGAGGAGAGCAGAACCUUAUGGUAUGUACUCGAAUCCGGCCUAUGAACGAGGAUGAGAUCCUACUUGGGGCCACGUGCAUCGCACACAAAGUCGAGGACAGCAUGUUGGUGCUUAUGGAUCCCAUGGAAGACCCUGAAGACAUUCUGCGAGCAAACAGGACCCGCGAGAAACAGUUCGUCUUUGAUACGUGCUUCGACGGGGGCUCUACUCAGGCUGAAGUGUACGAAUCGUCCACCAAGUUUCUUAUCGACAACGUCAUCACCGGUUACAACGCCACUGUGUUCGCGUAUGGGGCGACAGGCGCGGGCAAAACGUACACUAUGUUGGGUACAGACGAUGACCCCGGUAUCAUGGCCCGGACCCUGAACGACCUGUUUAUCUCUAUGGCCAAAACCCGGGAGGAUAUGAAGUACAAGGUCACCCUCUCUUACCUUGAGAUCUACAACGAGAUGAUCCGUGACCUUUUGAACCCCAGUUCCGGAAUCCUUGACCUACGCGAAGAUGCCAAGGGUGGAAUCCAGGUUGCUGGGCUUACUGAGGUCAAGGCCAGAUCGACAGAUGAGGUGAUGGGCCUGCUACUCCAAGGCAAUACCCAGCGGACACAAGAGCCGACGGCCGCCAACAAGACUUCGUCCCGCUCCCAUGCCGUUCUCCAAGUGAUCGUGCGACAACAGAACCGCGUCAAGAAUACAAUGCAAGAAGUCCGCACGGGCAAAUUGUUUUUGAUUGACCUCGCGGGCUCGGAGCGUGCCGCAAACACUCACAACAGGGGCAAGCGAAUGGUAGAGGGAGCGCACAUCAACCGGUCCUUGCUCGCCCUGGGAAACUGUAUUAACGCACUCACCGAUAAGAACGGUAAGGGAUACGUAAACUAUCGGGAUAGUAAACUAACGAGGCUCCUGAAAGACGCGCUGGGAGGAAACUGCAAGACGGUGAUGAUCGCGCACAUCUCGCCUGCCUCCAUACAUUUCGAGGAGUCCCGAAACACGCUAGUCUACUCCGACCGGGCAAAACACAUCAAAACAAAGGUACGGCGCAACGUAACUGACGUGGCGUACCACAUCGCCCAGUACACGAAUAUCAUCCAGGAAUUAAGAGAGGAGAUAAACCGUCUUCGGAACCGAAUCAACAACCCCACCACCAGCGCCGGUCGGAAGUCGCACAUUGCAGAUAUACAGUCCGUACAAUCGGAGGUACAAAGUUCACGCCGAGCUGCUGACCGCGAGGAGCUGACCAAGAUAAAAGAGCAGCUUCUCAUAUCCUUUAAGGAUCAGAUGGAGUUACGAAAGUCCCUGAUGGAGCUCAGCAAUGCUACCAUGGAGAUAUCUCUAGAGACUAACCGCAACCAGAUGAUCAUUACUGAAUGGGAAGUAGAACAGGCCAGACAGAGCAAAGCACAGAAGCCAGAUAAACCCCUGCAUGAAAUAUUGGAGGAGAAUAAGAAAGCAUCGGAAGGCCGGGGUACCGAUGAGAUAGACGACGAGAUUCGAACAGCGAAAGAGGAGCUGAAGGUUCUUCAUGACGAGAAGCAUAAGACAGAACGGCUCCGAGCCUCUGUCAAGAAAGAACUGGAGACAGCCCGCGCAAAAACGCGCAAACUAGAGGAGAUGAUCCCACAGCGUAUCAACUCCGAGGAUCAGAAAGAUGUUCUCCGGUUGCUAUGCAAGGUACACGCUCUUGAAAUCCAGAACACAGAGGUCCAAUCGUCGUGUCUUAUUCGUGACUUCCAGAUUAAGAAGAAAGACAUGGUUAUAUCUCGCUACCGACAGCACCAGAACUUGUGUGAUCAUAUCAUCAGGAAGCAGAAGAAUCUUAUUGAUGAUCACAGGUUGGAAAUCUCGCGAGAGUUAGAAGAACUGAUAGAGAUGUACCGCCUAGAAAACAACCUGCGGCGAGAGGACUCCGACGUCAGCGUCUCCUCCGAUAAUGGCCUCAAAGUUAACGGAUAUGACAUAGAUCAGCUCAGUACGUUAACGGAAGAGACGGAGCCUAUAAUGAGCAGACGUCAACGUAAAAACGACUUACGGAGGACAAAUUCGGAUGACCGCCUAUUUUCACAAACACCUAUGGCUCGUGGUAUCGAAAACGCCAACUCUAAGUUUGAUGCGAGGGGUAACCUCUCAGGAGCCUGGCGAAACCAAACAAGUCUAAGUCAGGAAAUCGACCUGGUAACUCCGCCGUUGGACGCUCCGGGUGAGAGGGUCAAUCACGGGAACUCUUCUUCAAGAAACUCAUUCAACGAUCGGCACACAAUAGUGUCUAACACGCGCAACAUUGCCGCUCUGGCAGCCAGAAAGCGCAACAAGGCGCAAACAAAUUUGACAAACAUUGAAAAACGGGAUGAAGAGAAUAGAAACUCGUUGGAGCCUCGGCCUUUAUAUCGACCGGUUAAUAAUAAUGGUAAUAAUACUGAUAAAAACUCUGAUAGGGACGCCUACUUGACGCCAAGUAGGUUGGAUAAACACAAUCGGACCUUCGUUCCGGACCAUCCGUACGUUUCCAUCAACAAGGCACCGAGUGAAGACAGUCUUUCGGUGAUUACAAAGCACACAAUGGUUUCCGAGCGUUCCCUGCCGCCUCUACGACGUGUUGGGGAGGCAAACGGCGAUCGCAACCGUAACGUCAGACAGUGGGUACCCGUUGAUGGAAACACAAAACGGAAAAAGAAGAGGGACACAAAUGGGUAUACGCAUCAGUUCCUGAAAAAAAAUCAGGGACGAACUGCGAGUAAAAACCGCUCAAACAACGAAAAACAGCGAACCAGCAGGACUGACCCUGAUAAAGAUUUCGAUUCAGUUUCGAUGGGAAGAAAGCGCAAUAACAGAGGACAGCAGAGUCAAUCUGAAACCUCCAGUUUAGGAACGCCAAUGAACGGCGGUAAAACCAAGCGGCCCCCGCCCACCAUUCCCGCGUACAAGAAAGGGGACAUCACUAUCACGGGAUUUAGUCUACCAAGAUAUUAAUAUGCUGGAAGAUUCAGAGACAUAACUGUAACGAGAUUCAUCUUACUAAGAUACUUAGAUGUUGAAAGUUUCGUUCAAACAAAAACAUGACUGUAACAGGAUUUAGUCUACCAUGAUACUGUAAAGUUCUAAGUCAGAUGUGUACCGUUCUUGUUGAAUACUUGACAGUCGAGGUGUAUUGUUGCAUCUUUACAAUUAUUUUCUUAAAUAGUACUAGGUAUUCGUACUAUUAUUUCGCUCACUUUUUCGGAAUAGUUUUUGGUCAGACAUAAGAAUGGUAUCACUUUAAGGGAGUGUGGUCUUUACCUUCAUAAAUGCCUAUAUGGAUAUUUGCUUCACGACUUGACUCUACUUUAUUCUUAAUAUUUACUCUUGUGCUGUCUCAAGCACAAUGUGCUAAGGUGAUUAUGACGUCACGAUGGAAAGAUUGCUGCAGCUGCAUUUUUUAUGUAUAUUGCGAUGCAAUAAUUAUUAAACUCUGCCAUAUAUUGCAUGUUUUCUGGUCAUUUAUGCGAAUUCAUUUUCUUUUCUUAUUUUUCUUUUUGUGUUUUCAUUGAUUUCUGAUGUUAGGUUAUAAAAUGACAAGCGUAAAUUUUGCAUCUUUGCGUGCAAGAUUUUUUUUGUUUUGAAACGAAAAACUUUGUUAUACGUUUUGAAGAAUUAAACUUACUAUACAUUGCCAAAUGCCAAUGGAUUAAUUUGUGUUUGAAGUUUUAUAUCAAUCGGAUCAAACUGCCAUUUUUGAGAGAGAAAAAAAACGUAACAGAAAGCUAAGAGCUAUGAUUGAUUUAAUACGUCAUAAAGGAAAGAGAUAAAAAUAUAUGUACUCUUAAUGGGUACAUUGUUUUAUGCCUCUUAAAUGGCGAGUUAUAACACAACCCAUAAUAUAUAUCUAUUAAACUAUAUGCCUUUUGGCAUAUUCCACCUAGUUCAUGAUUGGCUUUUGUCUUAAGCAUCUUUGUUUGAUUCCGAACCGAACCACUACUUUAAGCAUACGCUAACAAUUAUUCCAUGACUCCAUGCUGACAGAGUUAUUAAUUUUUGUACAGUUGCGAAGUCUGAGGAUGCACCAAUACAUAUUUCCAUAACUCAUUGCAAACAGAGUUGUUCCAUUUUGUACAGUUGUGAAGUCUGGGGAUGCAAAAAUAUCUAUUUCCAUGAUCCAAUGUUGACAGAGUACAUUGUAAUUAUGUUUGUAUAGUUGCGAAGUCUGGUAACUAUGCUGUUUUAUUUCCUUUUGGGUAAUGGUGAUUUGAUUUAUUGUGUACAUAUUAUUUAAAUUGGCAGGAUUGCUUAUAUACUUUGUAUUUUAUAGUAAGAAAUACACAUAUUUAUGUUUAUUCUAAUAGAAAUAAGUUACAUACUUGAGCUAUUUGCUCGUCAUUUACACUCCGUCCAUGUUACAAUGUAUUUUCAAUUACAGACCUGCUGUUGAUCUUACAUAUUGUUUAUUUGUGUAUGACAGUUUAAGAUUAUAAAUUGAACUAUAAUGAAUUGAACAUAUGUUUUUUGGCGGGAAACUUAUAUGUUUAACCUGAUUACUUUACUGCAUAUUCAAUUUCGCAAAAUAGUUAUGCUCUUUGAAAAGGGAUGUACAUAGCUAUAGAAUUAAACAACCAUUCGUUUGUUAAAGAGGCUCUUUCACAUAGUUUAUGUAGGCAACGAUUUAUUUUGAACUUAAGUGAAAUGGAUUUAUAGUACUUACUUUUCAGAAUGACCAGAAUUUUCUAAAUCCAGGCCUAAAAAUUUCAACAGCGUUACCACCACUUUUCGGCAAUAUAGAAUAUUUUCUGUCCCAUUUAAAAAUAAUAAUUAGUAAUUGUGCGCUAAUUUGACGUUGAAACACUGAAACAUGUAUUUUGUUCAUAUUCACAGGAUUUUUGUUUAUAUCCUACUUAAAAUGUGAAAGAGUCUCUUUAAAGAGUCAGAAAACGCACAUAUUGCUUCAACAGUCAGUUAAGUUGUGAAAAUAAGGAAAAUAGAUUAAAAAAACAACUGGCAUAUUUAUGUUAUACUAUGUCAUAAUUGUUUACAAACAUGAAUCGAUAUCUGAAAAAAGAACAUGAAUUGAAAUCAGGGAAACUACAAGAGUCGUGCAGGCACACCCUAGAAAAACAAUUUGAAAUAUUUCAUUUGUGUUAUGAAAGAAUAUGCAUUUGAAAAAAUCAGACAAGCAAAAAUGACAGAGUUAGCAGUAAGUUCGGGAACGUCGGUUCCCAGUAUAAAUGUCUGUGAUAAGUAUCUCUCUGCUGCAAUAUGUAACUGUUUUAUGAUCAAUUAUAUGUUGUUUUAUUUAAUAAUUUAUUAUACAUAUUUAUUACUGAUAUAAUCGUGUUGUUAUGUGCUUUAUUGUUUUAAAUUAUUCAAAACCUUCCUUGUUGCAAUGAUUUUGUGACUCUUGAGAAUUGUAAAUAAUGUGAUAUUACUAUUAGAAAUAAAGAUACAACAACACAUGAUAUA